GUGAAAAGUUUUUGGAAAAACAUCUUCUGCAGCUGGAAACAGGACAGAACUGCGAUAGUAGCCAUGAAGAGUCUUCUGGUGUCUGCACUUUUGCUUGCACUGCUGGUGCAGGCUUUUGCUGCGCCUCCGAAACCAAAAGCUAAGAGCAAGACCGGCUCAAAACAGACCAAUGUGAUCAACAAGCAAGUCUACGGUGCGUCUGGGUCCGUUUCUGUGUCCGUCCUGGGUCAGUUCAAGCACCACGUCAGCGUGGUCUAUGACGCCUCAAAAUUCUGCGGCGGUUCCAUCAUCUCACCCAACAAAAUCCUGACUGCGGCCCACUGCGUCCAGUCAAACUCGAUAUUUCAGUUGGGCACCAUUCUGGUCUGUGCUGCGCGCUUGACCGUCACGUCCCUUUUCACGGCCGAGGCUGGAGCCUUUUGCUCUCUGACGACGUCCAAAAUCAUCCACCCCAAGUACAACAAGACCAACCUUGAUUUCGACAUCGCCAUCGUCACCCUUACCGCCGGAGACCUGACAUUCAGCUCAACCAUUGGUGCCAUUCGCUUGCCAAGCUUCACUGAUGUUAACAACGCUUAUGUUGGCGCUUCGGCUGUUGUUGCCGGCUGGGGAUGGUUCUCAGCAACCGGCUACGUCAGCACUCAGUUGCAAUACGCAAAUUUCUCCAUCGCCACCAAUAGCAACUGCUCGGUCUACUAUUCUAACAGCAACAACGUCACCGUCAAUAAUUCGACCACUUGCAUCAUUCCCUCAGGAGGAGCUGUCAUGUGCACUGCUGAUGCUGGAGGUGCCGUUUUAAUAAAGGAAGCGGAUGGACUUUCCACGAUAUUUGCUGUUGCCACCCAAACCAGCGCGUCGUGCAAUGUCACAACACCCCAGGUCAGUUACAGAGUCGGUGCUUAUGCAGCCCUGGACUGGAUCCACAAUGUCACGCUGAUUGCCCGACGUACUUAAAAGUGAUUCAGUAAAGAAUCAAGAGUUUUGUUUGAAUCCUUUUUAAAUUAAAAAGCAAAUGUUGAACAAAUAAAUAUUGG